ACGGCGCCGCCGCCAGUACUCGCUCAGCAUGGUGGCCGCUCCCGCCUCGCCGCCAACUUCCGCGGCACUCCUCUGCCUCGUUCUGACCGGUGCCCUGUCCGCACCAUACAGUAACUGGAAUUCCUUAUUCACUGAACAGACAUCAGAUGCAGGGCGAAGAGUUACUUCCAGCACAAGCAACAACAAUAAUUCACCCACUGGAUCCACAAUGGCUAAUUACUCAGUGUCAUUUGUUCCUCUAUUUAGUGUACUGGCAAACUUAAUACCUAGAUUUUUUGGAAGAUUCAAUCAAGUUUCAAAUGCUGCUAGAAAUAUUGAUGUUGUUGAGGCUAGAAAAAAUACCCGCAGCAGCAAACCAAGCAAAUUCAUAUGUACGAUGCACAUGGAGGGCAGACAUCGUGAUCCUAACGAUGUUCACCAGUUUUAUCUCUGUGAACCUGACCUCAAAUACAACCAGAGAUGCAGCACAUUAAUAAAUGCACGAUCAAAUGAUAUGGUGCAGAAUGAUGAAAAUACAGGACUCCACACAGAUGAUUCUGAAGUCAUGCUAGGCAGCUACAGGACAGGCUGCUUCGCUGUGAAAAUCUUCAGAUGCAGACGUAACUUUGUAUACAGUGAUGACGAUAAAAGAUGUAUCCCAGAGAAUGGAUAACACUUGGUCAAAAUUGUGAACAUUUGUGUAAAUAGUAAAAAUUUGUAAAUAAAAAGCAACAAAACAUUAA